AUGACAGCUCUCAGGUUUGUCAAGUCUGUGUGGGAGUCUUUUCGGGCUACUUCGGGUCUAGAGCCUCGGCUUUUGAACAAUCUUCGGGUGACAGCUGCUAGACCGGGCACUGUGAACUUUGAGCUGGAGAUCCAGAAGGAGCACACGAACCGCCUGAACAUCCUGCAUGGAGGUACCAUCGCUAGCAUGGUUGACCUGGGAGGCUCCUUGGCUGUGGCUUCCCGUGGGUUGUUUGCGACAGGUGUCUCCACAGACCUCAAUGUCACCUAUCUGAAUUCUGGAGGCAAAGUUGGCGAUAAGAUCAUGGCGGAGGUGACUUGUGAUAAAUUUGGAAAAACUCUGGCUUAUACCAACAUCAAAUUCACCAACGCUAAAGGUGAUAUUGUUGCUCGUGGUAGUCACACAAAGUAUGUCACUUUUGCCUGGAAGGAUCCUCAGAAUAUUGUGGAGGAGAUCAACAAGCUUCCAUAG